UCGCGCGCGCGCUCUCUCACGCGCAGGCAGAUGCAGAUGGAUAGGGUUUAAUGCAGAGGUGCAUUAGGGAUGCGUGGUCAGAGCAGAGGGGAGGAGGCGUUCUGCACUCGCGCAUUGUCAUGCAAACAGAGACCACCGCCUCGCCAUUGUCUCGCGGGCAGCAACUUUAUUAUAAACACACCACGAGCCGCCCGGGCGCAGCAGAGCACCGGCGCACCGGCACCGAGCGACACGGACCCCGCAGGAAGCACUCUGGAUACUGCGUGCACGACACCACAGCAGCUCACCGAAGAUCGUUGUUAUAAAAGAAUAUACCGCUGGAUCUGAGAGAGGAGACGCGCGAGAGCCUUCUUUCGUUCUCCGAGACCCUUACUGCGCGUGAUAGGAACCCGGAGCACCUGGCGUCUCCAUCCGUCCUCCACAUGUACAAAAUGGAUUACUCGUAUCUGAACACUUAUGACUCGUGUAUGGCGGCCAUGGAGGCGUCGGCGUACGCGGACUUUAACUCGUGCAGUCAGACCAACACGUUUCAGUACAACCCCAUCCGGACCGGCUUCGGCUCGAACCCGGGAUGCGCGCCGCUCACCUCGGCCAGCUGCACUCUGGGCGCGCUGAGGGAACACCAGCCCGCGCCUUAUUCCACAGUUCCAUACAAGUUUUUCUCGGACCCGUCCGGACUGAACGAGAAGCGGAAGCAGCGGCGGAUCCGCACGACCUUCACGAGCGCGCAGCUGAAGGAGCUCGAGCGGGUGUUCGCGGAGACACAUUACCCGGAUAUUUACACCCGAGAGGAGCUCGCGCUCAAGAUCGACCUCACGGAGGCCAGAGUUCAGGUUUGGUUCCAGAACAGAAGGGCCAAAUUUCGCAAGCAAGAACGCGCGGCCAACUCCAAAGCCGGAACAUCUGGAAGCAACUCCAGCAGUAAGAAAUCUGGAGAGAAUCGCUCCUCGUCAGAGGACGAUGAGUCGAAGGAGCCCACGUGCAGCCCGACGCCCGACAGCACCGCGUCUCUCCCCAGUUCUGGAAACAUGGGCAGUCCGGGAGCGAGCAGCCUCAGUCCCAGCCCGGUCUCGGGUUCUUCGGCCGCCUUCGCCAACUCUUCCAUCUCGCCGUCGAUCCACCAGGGUCUCAAGACCUCGCCCUGGCCGAGCAUCGGGUCUGGAGCGGGCGGACUGACCCACGGCGUCCCUCAGAGCCCAGACCUGCUGAAAGCCUGGCAGCCGGCAGACAGUAUGGCGGCCGGCCCGUUCGCGGGGGUUCUGUCUUCAUUUCACCGGAAACCAAACACGAUCAAGACCAACCUGUUCUAGAGACUCUCUCUCUCUCUCUCUCUCUCUCUCUCUCUCUCUCUCUCUCUCUCUCUCUCUCUCUCCCCUCUGUCCCCUAAACGUCUCCAUCACUCUCUUUUUGUUUUGUUUAGAGCUGGACUCCUCUUCUAUAAUUUAUUGUCAUGUUCAACUUAUGGGCGCUUCUUUUAUGUGUGUGUUUGAGUGAGUGCUUGCGUGUGUGAGUGUGUAUGUGCGUGUCAGUGUGUGUGUGUGCGUGUGUGCGAGUAUGUGAGUGCUUGCGUGAGUGUGUGUGUGUGUGUGUGUGUGUGUGUGUGUGUGUGUGUGUGUGCGUGCGUGUGAGUGCGUGAGUAUGUGAGUACUUGCGUGAGUGCGUGUGUGAUUAUGUGAGUUCGUACGUGCGUGUGAGUAUGUGUGUGAAUGUGAAUGUUUGAGUGCGUGCUUGUUAGUGUGUGUGUGUGUGUGUGUGCGUGCGUGCGUGCUUGGGUGCGAGCGUGCGUGCGUUUGUGUGAGUGUGUGUGUGAGUAUGUGAAUGCGUACGUGCGUGAUAAUAUCUUCUGUGAUUCUGUCUGUGAUGUUCUCUGUUUCACAUGUUUAACUCCAGACGCGUUGUUGAUGACUCGACUGCCUUUAUUUGCUUCUUCGAUGAGGUUCUACAUUCAUGUGAGCAGACACGUUUGUCCUCGUUUAGUUCAGAUUGACAAGCAGAAAUGGAUUAGGGUUAGGGUUAGGUGAUGUUUCAGUCACCUCGUUUGGUCACUCAGUCCUGAAGAUAAGACUCUUGUUUGUCAGAUCUCAUCCAGGACUCAUUCUUCAUCGUUUCAUGUCGUCUGUGAGCUGGAACGGGACUGUGUCGUUGAUUCCGGUGAAUGUGGUUUGAUGCCGUUCAAACUGUGUGUGUGUGUGUGUGCGUGCGUGUGUGUGUGUGUUUGUGCGUGUGACCCCGAAAACAAGCAUAGUCAAGUCAGUCACUUGUAGUUAUUUAUUAAAAGAAAAAAUGUUGGGAUGGUCAGAUGAUUUUUUCAAGCCUUUUAAAAUGAAACGAACAUAUUUUGUAAAUAUUAAUAUAAAUACGCUGUAGUUUCUUUCUUUUUUUUAAAGGUAACCUGGCACAGUGCACGCCAUGUGUUUCAUGA